AUGGGUUCCGGUCGCAAGCAUGGCAUUGCAGCUUCCUCGAAGCUUCUAGAGGGCCUGCCCAGGUCCCUCGCGCACUUCGUCUCCCAGCUUCCUCCUCCUGUACCCGGCCCCUAUCCCGAUGUGGAUUUCAUCAUGUCACUUGUCAUUCAAGCAGAGCUCCCACCCGAGGCGCUAGCAGCCAAAUCAGGUGGUCUGCAUCGCACUACGCCACCUGGAUUGGCACCUGGAGCCCCUGGGGCAGGUGGCGGGACAGGUGGCGCCAUGCCAUUGGCAGGCAGCAAGCGCAAGGAGCAGGAAGGUGCGGGUCCUCGUUCGCCUCCAUUACCUCCCCGUUCUUUACAACCUCCCCCUCCCCCCACACUCCCCCCCCCCUUCCCCUUCCCUCCCCCUCCCCCCCCCCCCCUCCCCUCCCUCCUCUCCGCCCAACCCGCCCCCCUCUAUCUCCUCAAAAUCGACCAAUCAGAGGAGGAGAUUGCAAAUGCAGAGGCCAGGGCACGCAAGCCCCCACCAGUGCGGGAUAUUUUCCGGCUGAGACAGCUGCAGAGGGCUCGGGCAGGCUCAUCUGGGACAGGCUCGUUGAGCGGAGGGGCAGGUGGGACUGGGGGAGGCACUGCUAGUGGCAGUGAUAGGUACGCAUGGAUUCGCGCGGCGCCGGCCAACAUGCGAUUGUGGUCGAUAGGACUCGGCCGGCUUCGGGCGGCGAUGGGCAAGGAAGACCACUCAUGCUUUGCAACGGUGUUCGACGCCGACGUAGCUGUUAUCCCUCUGCAUUCGAGCGACGCAGGCUCUGGCCUCCUAUCAAUGAGCGCGCUGUGCUGGGUGGUGAAGAGGAUGGAUCGCCUGACCGGCGACGACCGUCGCAGUGCGACCAGCAUGGACAAGGUCCUCGUUUCGGGGUUGAAGGAGCUGCGGAUUCGGAUGAUGACAUACAUCAAGAAACACGUCGCACGCAGACGGUCAGGCCAUGUCGGAGUUGGUGCCGAUGCCUGUGACGACGACGCCGCGGAGCCCCCUUCGGCAUCCCAAGCAGUCGGUGUCGCCGACACCAGCGGAGAGGCCGGAGACGGCGUCGACAAGGCAGAUGAGGAGGCAGAAAGGGCUGUGGCGAGGACCGCGGAUCAGGAAAAGGAGGAGGAGGAGGAUGACACCGACGAUCAGGAUGAUAACGAGGAGGAUCGUGAGGAGCGUGAGCAGGGGCAUGGGCAGGAGGAGGAGGAGGAGGAGGAGGAGGAGGAGGAGGAGGAGGAGGAGGAGGAGGAGGAGGAGGAGGAGGAGGAGGAGGAAGAGGAGGAGGAUGAGGAGGAGGAGGAGGACAAGGAGGCGGCGGCGGCGGAGGCCGUGGAGCAGGGUUUCGGGUCGGUGGAGCAGGUGGCGGAGGGGGAGAAGCAGCAAGAGGGGGAGGAGGAGGUAGAGUUCCCCUGGGUCGAAUUCGAGAUGGAGGAUGUUGAGGGAGCGGCGGCGGUGGCCGUGGAGGGAGCGGCGGCGGCCGUGGAGGGAACGGUUGGGAUGUCGGCGGAUGUUGUGCACGUGCGAGGGGAGGGUGCCGAUGUGGAGAAUGUCGGCGUGGAGGAGGCGCACGUGGUCGGCAAUGUGGUUGGCGACGCGAAGGAUUAG